UUUACAAUAUAUUCCAUUGGACAAUAUUUUGUCGCAUUGCGACUUAAAAACAGGUAUUCUAGGUAUCGUAUGAUUUUGGCCCGUGUUUCUCGUGCUUGUUGUUUGAUAUAAAUUAAAUGGAAUUUAUAAUGUCAUCAUUCGAAGUUCUGCCUUACGCUGGAUAGCAUACGCCGUACUACUACAUUGCCUGUAUUAACACUAUGACAGACCACCGUUCCGAAGACGAAGACGAAUUGUUACUACACGAGUCCUCAACUCCUUCCGUUCUUAACAGAGAAUCUGCACCUUUUAGUUUGCCAGUACAAGUACCGUCGACAGCAAACCAACAAAGAGCACCACAGCCACAGAUAAGUGACGGCACAUUUCAACUGUUUACGUCGUACUUUGAUUCCAAGAUUUCAGCACUGAAGAACGAGUUAGUGACGGGCAACGACUCCCUAGCCACCAAGUUGAAGAAGGAAGCUUCGGUGAAACUAAAGAGUGAAGGUAACCAAAUCCAGUUUAAUUUCAAUUCUGAAGUCCUUUCUGACCUAAACAAGCUGCAAAAACGCCUUUCGCAGGAAGAUUUCGUUUCUAUCAAUUUAAUUUCUGGACUUAUCUUAAAGUUAAACAAACGUAAUAAACUAAUCAGAAUAGCCGAUAAAUCUCCCGCUGGUUGGACCACAGUUCGUGAGUAUGAGAGUGACGAAAUAGCAUCAGAUUCCGAUGAUGAGAAAAGACUACGUCAAGCUGAAAGCAGAGCACUCAAAACCAUCAAAGAGAAGAAGAGCCGUACAAAACCUUACACUAAGCCUUCAGCUACUGUUUCCAGACCUCCUACUAAUUCUACAGAUAUGUCUCAUCAACAAUACAACCAGCCCUUUCGGAGGAACAGUCGCCGUGAGGCGACUUCCUAUGACAUGUGCUAUGAAUGCCACCAGUUUGGUCACUGGAGGACAAACUGUCCCAAUAGAAGCAACAAGCCAUUUACAAGAAACAACCCAGCCACAUAAGAUAAAAGAUUUUUCAGAUAUUUUCAGCGUUGGUAGGUGGUCAUCGGACACUCUUACACAACAUCAGCACUUACAAAAUUUAGCAAAGUGUCUUCCUGAGUUUUGUCUACAAUCCAGAGCUGAAAAUACGCGAAAGAAGUACAGAUUGGUGUAUAGGUGUAUAUAUUUUGCAUUUAUUAUGGAUGGCUGACUGUGACUGAGCCAGUAUGACUGUUUUUUAGUGUCUCAAUAAUGAGAAUAAGCAGUAGUGUGCUUGAAUGGCAUUUGAAGCGAACUGUUUGAUUUGAUAAAUUUAUUAUACAUUCGUUAAUAAAAUUAGUAUGCUACCCUCACAAGGAGAGCUCAUUUCUGA